AUGAAACGUUUCCCGACCCUUGCAGUUCGAGAUGACCAUUCAAGAGUUAUACUGAGAACCGAGUCGGCAUCAGGCUACAUAAAUGCUAACUAUAUCGAGGGUGCACACAGAAAUAACGAGUACAUCGCAGCACAAGGACCUAAGCAGAAUACACUUGUUGAUUUUUGGACAAUGAUUUGGCAGGAAAAUGUGUCUUCCAUCGUAAUGCUCACAAACCUGCAAGAAGGAACAAAAAUAAAAUGCACUCAAUAUUGGCCGGAUGUAAAUAAGAAAAUCGACUACGGACCUGUGUCUGUGAAAAUGACGGAGGAAAAGGAGUAUGCAUUCUACAUUUUACGAAAGAUGUCUGUGAGUCAUAAUGAGAAAUUACGAACGGUGACUCAACACCAUUACACGGCGUGGCCAGACCAUGGAACCCCGGAACCUCUCUAUCUUGUUGUCUUCCUUGAUCACGUGACCAGGUCAGGGACCAUUCAGAAUAACUUUCCAACAGUUGUACACUGCAGUGCAGGAAUAGGUAGAACAGGGACAUAUGUAGCGUUGGACGCUUUAGAGGAGAUUGGACGAAAGAAAAAGAAAGUAAACGUAGCAGAAUUUGUCAAAAAGAUGAGAGAAAGCAGGAUGAAUAUGGUCCAAACCUACGAACAGUACAUGACGAUUUAUCUUGCUUUGAAUGAAGUAAUUAAAUCCCCAGUUAAAAUCAUCACGCUUGAAGACUUUACCAAAAAGAUAGCAGCCCUGGAAACUGACAUACCAGCCAAUCAGAAUAUGUUACGCAAAGAAUUCCAGAUGUUGAUGAAGAUACGACCUGUAUACACUGAUGCUGAUUAUAAAAUAGCCAAGGAAAAUUGUACAGAUGGAAGUUCUACAGGUUUAUUACCUUUGGAUAAAUACUGUGUUCACCUUUCAAAUAUGGUUCCGAAUGGAGGAAACUUCAUCAAUGCUCUAUAUGUUCCGUCGUUUACUAAGAGUAGAGCGUUUAUUGCAACGCAGUAUGCAACAGCUGAGGAUGCUGUACAAUUCUUGUCCCUGAUCAAUGAUCACGAGUCUGACAUUGUCAUCUGUAUGGAUCCAUUGAACACAAUUGAACCGAUGAUGGCAUGGUUACCAACCACGUCUUCCUCUACAACAGUUCCUCCCUUUAUUGUUUAUUUUAAAUCCAAAACUGAAACUGAUGUCAAGAGCAGCAUCUUUCAGAUCCAGCAGAAAAAUAGCAAGAUAGUGGCCCGUAAAGUUACGUUUGUAGAGCCGAAAUUCAACAUCAAUGCAUCCGGAACACCUCUGGAUAGUUCUCAACUUCGAAAUCUGGUUUCGGUCGCUCUUGGUGUGGAGACAGAAAAUCCUGUCGUCAUUGUCAGCAGUGAUGGAGCUUCCCUUUGUGGCGCCCUUUGUGCAGUACAUAACGUGAUACAACAAAUCAACAUGGAUGACAAUGUAGAUGUUUUUACAUCCGUCAGACAACUGCAAGUUCGAAGGCCGGAGUUUUGCUCCAGUCUUGAUGAGUAUCGUCUAGUCAACAAAGCAGUAAAUGAUCACAUACAAAGAAGCACUGAAAACAUGUAUUCUAAUCAAUAAAGGAGCCAGAGACAAAGAAAUGAUAUCAUGAUAUAUAUAUUUAUCACCGCUAAAUUACUUUUAAUGAAAAUCAGAUUCCCGGAAUCAAUUUACAGAGGAGUAUUCAUUUUAAGUAACAUUUCUUUUCUAUUUAUGAUGUACAUUAUCUUGA